UUUAUAAAGCUCUUAUCGUAGAAAUAACUUCACAAAGUGCUGAACAGUACAAAAAUACAGAAUACAACAAUGCAAUAAAAACAUCAUGGAGCCAUCCAGGCUGCAGAGGCUGCAUCUCUGCCUGAUGAUUUCACUGAUAAGGUGCUAACUUCUUCUUUCCACUCUUCAGAGACGUCCUUCUCCACCUCACUCUGUCCUUUUUUCUCACAACUACCUCCACAUGCUGUCAAACUGAGGAUUCUCAUAAAUUUGGUUCUCAGCACAUUUUCAGAUUCCUGCAGUUUAAGCUACAUUUUGAAACCUGAUCUUUUCAUGAGCACAACCAGCAAUAUGCCUGAGCAGGAUAACCAUUAAUAUUUGUUUUGAAUCCUAUUUGAGGAUUUUUGUCAUUAUGAAGAGAAAACCUAAACAAUUCAGAUAUUAAGAUUAACCAGCUGAGGGGAAACAAAGCUUUUCCAGCAUACAGGGGAAACUUACAAAAUAUAAACACUUUUUUGCUCCAAAUCAUGUUUUUCCACGUUUUCACUAAGAGUWUAAUUUCAUCUCAAUGCAUUUCUUUCUGUGUGCAACAAAGUGAAACUUCUCAGUCAGUGGAACAGGAUCCAGUUCCACAGCUGGAAAAUGUUGUGGCAGCUCAACACAGGUGGGCUCAGUUCUGCCUUCACCUGCUGAGUGAAGUCAGUCUUUGUCCCUGAUUUUGAUUCAUUGUUCUCCCAGUUCAAAAGAACGUAAGGCAUUGUUUUUUCCCCUUGUAAUACUACGUGGCUUCUGCAGCCUACCUGUUUUGCUGAGGAGGCGUUCUGAUUGGCAGCUCUGGAUUUAUUGCUCAGCAGGAUUUGCAUAAAGGAGUCACGAGACUUCCAAGCUUUGUGAAAGUCAGGAAGAGGAAAGUUUCCUGUUUACCUCAGAACAGGUUUGGGCUGUCGUUGACGAGGAAGGAGUGUGAAGUAAAGAUCCUGGUUUUCACUUCGCUGCAUCGUGAGCCACACACUUCCCUCCAGCCCAACAUGGACUCCCUCAAAGGGCUGUGCCCCCAUCCCAGUAUUCCUGUGGAGACGGAUGAGAGGAUGGCAGCUCCCAGUCCUGACGCGUCUUGGCUCCCCUCCUGUCACAUCUGCAGUGRACCUGAAGAGACCAGCAGGACAGCAGAGAGACACUGUGAGCCUCUGAGGGGUUCAGGCCUCAGUAGGUGCCAUGAGGACCGUUACUGGCAGGAAGCAGCAGCAGCACACCCAGGACCCGCAAGGCCCCCCUACUCGGCAGAUGUUCAGUCACAUUUGUACAGACAGGAGCUGAGGAGUGGUCCCAGUUCUGGAAGCCCUUCAAACUGUGUCUGGGGUCACUCCAUGGAACAGGCAGAGUCCCUGGAGCCCCCCCUGCCGCUCAUGUCGAACUACAACUACGACCCGUGUCCAGCACCACGACACAGACYUCACCUGCCAGGAGUCCUCCUCUGAGGCCCGUUCUCAGUGAUGCUCCAGGUGUUCCUCAUGGAUGCUGUCCUCAGGGCCCUCCUCCCUCUGAAGUGAUGCAUGAGGUCAGUGUGACCUGCCCUGGUCCAGCAGGUCCAGGAGCAGUCACAGGGGAGGUGAGGAGAACCAUCAGCCUGCCUGAGGAGUGCAGAAAUGUCUUCAUCACAUAUUCAGUGGAUGCAGCGAAAGAAAUCAUUCCMUUUGUCAGGUUUCUGACCGGUCAGGGAUUCAACCCAGCAAUCGACAUGUUUGACAGUCCCCUCAGAAGAAUGGGAAUCACGAAAUGGAUGGACCGCUACCUGAACGAUAAAUCGGUGCUGAUCAUUGUGGUCAUCAGCCCCAAAUACAAGGAGGACGUGGAUGGAGUUGGAGACGAUGAGCACGGCCUGCACACCAAAUACAUCCACAACCAGAUUCAAAACGAGUUUAUCCAACAAGGCUGUCUGAACUUCAGACUGGUGCCGGUCUUGUUUCCUAACGCAACCAAGAAACACGUGCCCAGCUGGCUCCAGAGCACCAGGAUCUACCACUGGCCCAGCGACACCCAGGACCUGCUGCUGCGCCUGCUGAGGGAGGAACGCUACAUCAUCCCACAGCGAGGCGCUGACCUGACCCUCACUGUUCGCCCUCUGUGACGACAAACAGGAACUCCUCACACAGAUUGUCAAACACUAAGAUGUCGUUUCUGUUUUUAGUUUCAUUAGUUUGGUAGAAUUCUGAUUUACUUCAGUAUUUUAUGAUCCUGUUCUUCAUUAGCCUGGCCCUUGUCUUCCUACACUGUUCCACUCAAUUCUAGUUUCCCAAAGCGAAGAA